UAACUCUUUAUAUGUUCACAAAGGAACAUCUCUAUCUAUCUGGGAUCCCUUUAAUUGAGGUUCACCAUUUUCACGAAGCAAGACGAUGGCUCAAAAUUGUUUGAAUCCUUCUUUCCCAAUCUCUAAAACCACAACCAAUCACUCUCACUCCCUCAAGAAUUUGAAGAACCCGAGCUUAAACUCGCGAUGGCGCCUCACGGUUAAUCGAAUCCGAUGCUCAGCUUCAUCCGACGUUGUCGGCAACAACACCUUAAGAACUUGCAAGCAUUGCAAAACCCAAUUCGAUCCCGUACGCAAUUCUCCACAAGCUUGUAGAUUUCACACUGCUCAUUUCGGAGGAGAGACGAAGAGGAAGUUCGAGAGUGUAUACACUGGCGGGACGAUGGACACACCAAACUCUGGGAAAGUUUUACAGUAUUGGCAUUGCUGUGGUUCUGAAGAUCCCUUUGAUCCUGGCUGUACUGCUUCCCCUCACUCCACUUACGACGAUUGAUCCCAUUUUUCUUUGUUUAUGUAAAUCUAAAUGAAUGUAAUGAAGUUGACUGACAAUAAAGGAAAAGAAUAUUCUUAAUUUCUCUUUUAAUCACAUUACAAGGUUACCUUUGCUCGUCA